CACUGCUGUACCUAUUGCUCCAGAUAUCGGUGCUCAUCAUCCGAGGCCGUCCUGUGGGCACUGAAAAUCUAGUCUCGAUGCUGGCCAGGGAUGAGAACACCCGUAGUUGGCUACUGCCGAUACUGACUUUCCAGUGGAACCUGAUUAUGCCGAUCGCCACAAUGAUACUGUCGAUCGCGUUCACCCGUUCCCAUAGCGCCGGUGGCCUGACGUGGACCCAAGCGGUCACUUUCUACCCGUAUUGGCCCGAUUGGACCAAAUCCCUGUCCACUGUGUUUCAGAUCACACCACUGUUUCUCGUAUUCUUCGUGGGAUCCGUUCAACUCGUCAUUUAUUUAUAUCCCAAACAGUCUUCAGGACUCUUCCACGAGAGGAUACAAGGUGUGGAUCUACUGGAUAUAUAUACGUACGAUAUGAAUGUCCCCAUAAUG